GCGGAGGGAGCUAGAAUAAAAUUAAUUGUGUACACACAAAUUACGUCUACGUGUGCCGAUUCCUGGGAGAGAUUGUAGUUUCAAGAUCAAUUUCAGAUGAUUAUCUAUUUUUGCAGCUGCAAAUGUCUGAUCUAGAGAGCCUUAAUACCUGAGUGAGAUGUGAUCCACGGCAAUUAUAGUGGACAACCUAAAUUUCGUUUGUAAUCUGCAUGUCUAAAACCAGGUACUCCAAUCCGCGUUCCGUCGACUUGGAUUUCAGCAAGCAGCCAGCACUAUCACUGACCGUAAACAAUAUGAUUUCCUCCCGUCGCAGCGGCCGUCCAUUCGGGCAAACCCUCUUCUUCGCAUUGACUUUUCUUGCCUGUCUGUACGGCGUCUACACAUAUUUUCAAAUUAAAAAAUCGCUGGAUGAAGCAACGAAUAGAACCAUGAAAUAUCAACAGCAACAAGAUUCACUGACAUCUCAGUUGCAAGUUGUCUAUGAGCACAGAUCAAGAUUAGAGAAAGCCUUACAGGUUGCUAAAGGAGAACAGAAGAAAACCAAAGAAGGUUUUGAACAAAAACUUGAUGAUGCAAGGCAAGAGCAUGAAAACAGGUACAAUGCUAUCAACAUUCAACAUAAAAUGCUGCGAGCUCAACACGAUGAUAUUCAUGAGGACCUUGAGCACCAGAAGAGCUUAAGUAGAGACCUUCAGAACCAGCUUGAGGAGCAGAAGGACGAACACGAGGAGAAUGUUGCCAAGGUGCAGGAAGAUGCAAGCAGAAGGUUACAAGUUUUGCAAGCGCAACUGAGUGAAACACAAGAGUCGUUGGACCAAAUAACCAACCAGCAUCAACAGACUGUGUACAGUUUGAGACAAUUACAGAAUGAUUAUGGGCAGACAAAAGCAGACAGAGACCAGUUAGCACAACAAAUAGAAUCCUACGCCAUGCAGAUCAACACCCACCAGACCAACAAUGCCCAGUUGCAGGCUCAACUGGAGGACCUAUCCCAGAAAAACCUGCAAUAUAAGCAACACAUUGAUAGUCUAAGAGGAUACCCGCAAGGAAACCAGCAAGACCAACAGAAUCCACAGGAUCAGCAGCAGCAACAACAAAUAUUACUUCAGCAACAGCAGCAGCAACAGCAGCAGCUACAACAACAACAACAACCACAGCAAAAACAAGGAGAAGUUCCCAUUCAGCUGAAUAGACAAGUACCAGGUUUCCCACAACGUGGCCAGAGAAACCAGUUCAUGCAACAACAGCAGCAGCAACAACAGCAACAACAGCAGCAACAACCAACAUAUAGACAACAAGAGAACAACCAGCAGCUUCUACAGCAGAGGCAGGCAUUGCAGAACUUGAGGCAGCAGCAGCAGCAACUUGACUUGCAACAGCAACAGCAACCGGGUGGCUACAACAAUCAAGGCCAGGCACAGUUUGAUUCUCGGCAACAACAACAGCAACAGCAGCAACCACGUGUUGGUAAUGACCAAGGGCAGAGGAUUUUUGACAAACUCAGGCAACAGGAACUCAUGAAACAACGCUACCAUCAGAACGGCAAACCGGUUGAAGCUAAUCAAGAGGAGAAUCAGCAGCAGAACACCUUCAAUAGAAACGGAUUUCCGCAAAAUGAUCCUGAUCAACAACAAAGGCAACAGCAGCCUCAAGACCAGGGAUUAGUUAAUCCAAUACCAGAUAAAGGGAGAGGAGAUAUAGGAUUGGAAAAGCCAGAAGGUGAAGGAGAAAAUCCUAAUCAAGAAAGUAGCAGUGAGAACGAUCAGGGUCAGCAAGCAGUACCAGACCCGGGUGAUGAAACUGAACAAAGAGCAGUGGAUUAUCAAGCUCAUGAGCAACAAGAGAAGGAGCUGAAUAACGAGGGCGAUGAAUCAGAUGAUGAGAAUGCAGCGAAUGAGCAAUACCAGAAAGCGCUCCAAGAGAGGAGGCAACAAAACCAACAGCAACAAAACCAGCUACAACAACGUCUCAAGGGUCGAGUUGAACCAGUGGGCGACAGAGAGCAGCUUCGAGGACCAAAUGGAUUUCUACGAGGACAAAGACAAGGAAAUAACGAUGACGGGAGAGGAGCUGGAGGUGAUCAAUUCCAGCCUCUUCAGCCCCAGCAGCGAUUGCCACCCUUCCCUCGCAGAGACCAGGACAACCCCGCAGAGCAGAUGCAGAGAGCUCAGGAACAGCAGGAAAUGAGAAGAAUCAACCAGAAAUUAGAAGAAGAGGAGAAAGGAGAAGGAUUGGAAAUGGAAAGAAGAUUGGAUAGAAACGCACAAGCAGAAGAGAUUGAGGGAAGGAGGUUACGGCAGGAGCAGGUAGCAGAGGAGGCGGAGCUUAGAAGGAUCAAUCAAGCCGCCGGUGGGGACCUUAACAGGGAGAGGAUAGAAGAACCAGAAGAGGAGGAGGAGAAAGGCCAGUUGGAGAGAGACGAGGAGAUGGGAGGAGCAAAUCAGUUUGCUCAAGCACACGACGGAGGAAUGUUUAUAGGAAACGAUCCCGAAAGACAAAUACAAGAGCAAGAGAGAAAACAUAAAGAAGAACAGGGUGAUAAAUUCAGAAUGGAACAGGAAGGCCAUAGAGAAGAACAAAAUAGAGAAAAUGGUAAUUUUGGCCUUCAAGAAGCAGAUAAUAAUAUAGGAAACGGAGAGAAUGGAGGCGAUGCCCAAGUUCAAAUGCCAAAUGCUAUCGAUAUUGGUGAAGGUGCUCCUGAAGAGGAUGAUGAGGAGGCAAACGAUGAGGAAGACGAAGGAGAUGAAAGGAAUGAAGAAGACAAUAAUAAUCAACAAAAUAUCAAUAUAGUAAAUCCUGUUUUACAAAAUCCUGGAGACGAUGAAGAUGAGGGUAAAGACUAUGACAACAACGUCAACCCUGUAGAAAGAGCCGCUGAUAAGAGGGAAGGAGAUAUGUGACCUUGAAUGACCUUCAGUGCUUUCAAGCAACUAGACUUUAUGAACAAUACUUCAAGCUAAAAAGAGUUUUAUCUAUUUGAUCUUCCUACCUUUCUUCUGCUGCCAUAAGUUAUGAAAUUUUAUAUACGAGACCUUUUCUAAACAAGACCCUGCACGACAAG